AACCCGACCAAAAUGUCUGAUAUUUCUUUUCGUGCUUCGCAACAUAUCACUGCACCCCUUGUGCACUCGAUUGUUGCUCAAGAACAGCUAUACACUAUAUCGUCUGCUGACAUGAUAACAAGGAAAAGCGAGAUGAAAUCGCAGAGGCGAAACUUCAAUCGCCAGCUUUUGGAUUCGCUCAAAGACAAUGCAUCCUCUUCUUUGGCUAGAUCGUUUGAAUUAGCCUCAGAGAAGGGUGCAUCAAGUUGGCUUACAGUACAUCCAAUUGAAGAACACGGCUUUCACCUGUCUAAGGGUGACUUCAGGGAUGCACUAUGCUUAAGGUAUGGUUGGAAACUAUCUGAUAUUCCUUAUCAAUGUGAAUGUGGUGAAUCAUUUAACAUCGAUCACUCCAUGGUAUGUAAGAAAGGGGGAUUCCCGACCCUAAGACAUAAUGAAGUCAGAGACAUAACAGCUGAUUUACUACGAGAAGUCUGUCAUGAUGUUGUUACUGAGCCUACCUUGCAACCGCUAUCAGGUGAAAGUUUUAGUUAUUCUACUGCCAACGUAAUGCCGGAGGCUAGAGCGGAUAUCUCUGCUCGUGGCGUGUGGAGGGCUGGAGAAAGAGCAUUCUUCGAUGUAAGGGUAUUCUACCCAAACGCUCCAUCCAGCUUGAAACACCCCAACUUAGAAUCUGCUUUUAGAGUGCAUGAGAAUGAGAAGAAACGUCAGUAUGGUGAGCGAAUACGAGAAAUUGAACACGGAUCUUUUACUCCACUUGUCUUCAGUUCGACAGGAAGCACAGGUCGAGAGGCUACUACGUUCUAUAAGCGCCUUGCAAGUCUCCAUGCAGCAAAAUCGGGUGAACACUACAGCAAAGUUAUGCAGUUGAUAAGAUGCAGGCUUUCUUUUGCUCUUCUACGAUCAAGCAUCUUAUGCAUUCGUGGAACACGAUCCAGUUUCUAUAGACCUAUCAAAGUGGACUUGUUGGGACUCAUUGAAAGUGAGGCCCAUCUAGAUGAGUAGAUGUUGACUAUAGCUUAUCUUGAUAGUUUAGGCAUAAUAACGUAAAGUAGUAACUGUCUCUUAGUGGUAACCAUCUUUAGUUGUUUGUUUUGCUGCGUGGGUGUUAUCUGUCAGCUGCUAAUAUUUGGUGUUUUGGC